AGUGAGCGGUUGGACGGCGGGUGUUGUGGCAGUGGCUUUGCGGCUGCGUUUGAGAGGGUUUGUGUUUUUAACCUUUCAACGGGACAGUAUGGUGACCCCCGGGGUGAUCCGCAGGCUGGAGGAGACGGUGGUGAAUAGGAUCGCUGCUGGCGAGGUGAUCCAGAGACCUGCGAAUGCCAUUAAAGAGAUGGUGGAGAACAGUUUGGAUGCCAAAUCUACAAGUAUUCAGGUUACUGUAAAGGAUGGUGGGCUGAAGUUGAUUCAGAUCCAGGAUAAUGGGACCGGCAUCAGGAAGGAAGAUUUGGAAAUACUUUGUGAAAGAUUUACUACAAGCAAGUUACAGAAAUUUGAAGAUCUCGCUAGUAUUGCUACUUAUGGAUUCAGAGGAGAGGCUCUUGCCAGCAUAAGCCAUGUGGCACAUGUCACUGUAACAACCAAAACUGCUGAUGGAAAAUGUGCAUUCAGAGCUAACUACUGUGACGGGAGGUUAAAGGCUCCUCCAAAGCCAUGUGCUGGAAACCAGGGUACACAGAUUACCGUGGAAGAUCUUUUUUACAAUAUUGCCACAAGAAGGAAGGCUCUGAAAAAUCCCAGUGAUGAGUAUUCUAGAAUCGUGGAAGUUAUGAGCAGGUAUGCAAUCCACAAUUCAGGAGUGAGCUUUGCUGUGAAGAAGCAAGGUGAAACUGUUGCUGAUGUGAGAACAUUGCCUAAUGCCUCAACUCUGGACAAUAUUCGAACAAUAUUUGGGAAUGCUGUAAGCAGGGAAUUAAUUGAAGUAUGUUUUGAAGAUCCAAAAUUUGCUUUCACAAUGAAAGGCUAUAUAUCAAAUGCGAACUAUUCUGUGAAAAAGUGUAUCUUUUUACUUUUCAUCAAUCAUCGCUUGGUGGAAUCCACUGCUUUACGGAAGGCAAUCGAAACUGUCUAUGCAGCCUAUCUUCCUAAAAAUACACAUCCCUUCCUGUAUCUGAGCCUUGAAAUAUUGCCACAGAAUGUUGAUGUAAAUGUUCAUCCCACGAAGCAUGAAGUACAUUUUCUCCAUGAGGACAGUAUCAUUGAGAGUGUGCAACAACAUAUUGAAAGUAAGCUACUUGGUUCCAACUCCUCAAGAACCUACUUCACACAGACUUUACUACCUGGCCCAACCAUAACCUCCAAUGACUUUAUCAAGCCUUCAGUAGCAUCAGCUACACUUCCAAGUUCGAGCGACAAACCAUAUGCUCAUCAAAUGGUGCGCACGGACUCCAAGGAACAAAAAAUUGAUGCCUUUCUACAACCAAUCAACAAACCACAGGAGGCACUACCCACUACUGUUUCUGUUGAUGGAGGAACUGAGUGUCAGGACUCUGAGAUGGAGGACCUAAGUGAUAUUGACUUACUUGCUGCGGAAAAAGCUGGGAGCUCAAGUAUGAGCAUUCAGAAACCCUUGCGUCCAUGCAAUGAUGACCCAUCCAGUGCCCCAGCCAGGAAACGAUCAAGGGUAGAUUCACCAGGUGAGAUAAAAGAAGCGAACUCCAGCCAUGAGAUGACAGCUGCCCAUCUUCCAAAGAGGAGAAUUAUUAACUUAACCAGUGUUCUCACCCUGCAAGGGGAGAUCAGCAGUCAGAACCAUGCAGGCCUACAGGAUAUGUUACAGAAUCAUUCAUUUGUUGGUUGUGUAAAUCCUCAGUGGGCACUGGUGCAGUAUCAAACAAAACUUUACCUGAUCAAUACUACUAAACUCAGUCAGGAAUUAUUCUACCAGAUCUUAAUCUAUGACUUUGGUAAUUUUGGAGUGUUGAAGUUGUCGAGCCCUGCCCCUUUGUAUGAACUGGCAAUGCUAGCAUUGGAUAGUCCAGAAAGCGGCUGGACAGAAGAAGAUGGUCCCAAAGAAGGAUUGGCAGAGUAUAUUGUUGAUUUUUUGAAAACAAAAUCUGAAAUGCUACAAGAUUACUUUUCCCUUGGUAUUGAUGAGGAAGGAAACCUGACUGGAUUACCUCUACUCUUGGAAAACUAUGUUCCAGCUCUGGAGGGGUUGCCAAUGUUCAUCCUGCGUCUCGCUACAGAGGUGAACUGGGAUGAAGAAAAGGAGUGUUUUGAAAAAUUAAGCAAGGAAUGUGGUAUGUUUUACUCCAUCAGAAAAGAAUAUACACUGGAUACAGAAUCUCAGGUGUCACCAAAUCCGAGUCAGCAGCAGGAGUUUGGUAGUGACAAGCCCUGGAAGUGGACUAUAGAACAUGUUGUUUCCAAAGCUUUCAGAACUCUCCUCCUUCCACCGAAACACUUCGCAGAGGAUGGAUCCAUCCUGCAGCUUGCCAAUCUGCCUGAUCUGUACAAAGUAUUUGAGAGAUGUUAAUUAAUUCUUGGAAUGUGACCACAAACUGCAUAAAGACAAUAUUUUGUUAA